AUGCUUGUAGCAGCAACAGAUACAACUGCAGCCACAUUAACCUGGGCUAUGAAUGCACUACUAAGAAAUCCUAGAGUAAUGAAGAAAGCUCAAGAUGAAAUUAGGACUUUGGGAGGUAAAAAAGAAUUUGUAGAUGAAGAUGAUAUUGGAAAGUUUCCCUAUCUGAAGGCUGUGAUAAAAGAGACACUGAGACUGCACGCACCAGUACCACUACUUGUGCCAAGAGAAACAAAUAAAGCAUUUACUAUAGGUGGUUAUGAAAUUCCAGCCAAAACAAUGGUGUAUGUGAAUGCUUGGGCUAUCCAUAGAGACCCUGAGAUUUGGAAAGACCCAUUUGAGUUUUACCCCGAGAGGUUUUUAGAUAGUAGUACAACUUUUCGAGGGAAAGAUUUUGAGUUAAUUCCAUUUGGUGCUGGUCGUAGAAUUUGCCCUGGUAUGCCUAUGGCAGUUGCCUCAGUGGAACUUACUCUUGCCAAUCUUCUGAAUGCAUUUGAUUGGGAAUUGCCACCAGGAAUGACAACAAAAGACAUUGACACUGAAGUGUUGCCGGGAAUUACAACUCAUAAGAAGAAUUCGCUGUGUGUUUUGGCCAAGUGUGUAGUGUAA